UUUACCGAAAAACUGGAGCAAUUGUCUCUCUCUCUGCUGAUUCUGUUGCGUUUGAAAAGUUAGAGAUUAGUUCACCAAAUUGACCGCUUCCGUGUCCCUUGUCAUUACCACUUUAGCGUUCGCUUCCUUCUCCUUCUCUCUCAGAUUGGGCGAUUCUCUCUUCUCUUCUCCAGAUCUAGACGGAUUCUACGUCGGUUCAUUGGUUUCCAGGAGAAAGACGAUAGGGAGCCGGCUAGAGAGAUGCCCGAUUGGGAGCUCCAGCGCUGCUGUGAUCACAACCAGGGAGUUUUCAUCAUCUCCGUCGCCGUGUUCACCGUCGUCAUCCUCGCCUUGUGGAGGACAGUGCUGCUGACACCUUUCAAACUCAUCACGGUGUUCCUUCAUGAAACGAGUCAUGCCCUAGCCUGUAAAUUAACCUGCGGUGAUGUUGAAGGUAUACAGGUGCAUGCCAAUGAGGGUGGGGUCACACACACUCGUGGUGGCAUCUAUUGGCUCAUUUUACCUGCUGGAUAUCUUGGCUCUUCAUUUUGGGGAAUGGUUUUCAUUCUUGCAUCGACUAAUCUUCUCACAACAAGAAUUGCAGCUGGUUGCUUUCUUCUUGCUCUAGUUGUUGUAUUAUUUGUUGCACAAAAUUGGUUGCUCCGAGGACUUUGCAUAGGCUUUAUCAUAUUUCUUGCCAUUGUUUGGCUUCUGCAAGAAACUACAACAGUUCGCAUUCUCCGGUUUGUUAUUCUGUUUAUAGGUGUCAUGAACAGCUUGUUUUCUGUCUAUGAUAUCUAUGAUGAUCUAAUAUCUCGAAGAGUUCACUCUAGCGAUGCCGAGAAGUUUGCUGAAAUUUGUCCAUGCCCCUGCAAUGGUGUUGGGUGGGGGGUUAUUUGGGGUUUAAUAUCAUUUAUAUUUCUCUGUGCAUCCAUUUAUCUUGCUCUUGUUAUUCUAUCUUGAGGUUUAUUGAGUUUGUGUAAAGAUUCUCCUGACAUUUGAAGCAAUUGUAGAUUUACAAUAUUCAUCACUGGUUCAAGAUGUUUGGAAUGGAUCUCACCUGAUUGAAUUUCAAGAAAAAACUUAAUUUGAUCUUAUUUCAUGUGCUGUAAGAAAUUCAUAGUAAAAAAGAAGUCAAUUGAAUUAACAUCUCUUUGAAUUAAAUGAAAUUAGUUGAUUGAACUAAAAA